CGAGCUGGGCACGGCUCGGUCGGGUACGGUGACGCCUGGUGGCGGAUGGUCGACGGCGUCGACGUCUGCGCCGCCGCAUGCGACCAACCCGCACGUGCAGAACAUCGUGGAGCUCGACAGGCUGGCGUACUUGCUCUACCGGCGGAAAGAGGCGCUGUACGCGCAGCGGACGCCUGCAGAGGCGCAUCAGGUCUAUCCCUUCCGGUUCCUCCCGCUCUCGGCAGACGCGUCCGCGUCGAUCAACCCGGCCCAAGAUCCCGAGCCAGUUCACAAGCAGCUGCUCAACGUCCGCGAUGACGCCUCGUUUGAGUCGUGGAAGGCUACCAUGGAUCUCUCGCUCUCGCACCGCAAGGCGCGGCUGUUUGGGUGAAGCGCGUUUGCUCGCUCCGACGGGCUACUCGGCAGUCUUCCAGAUCCGGCACGUGUUGUCUUGCGAGGCGGUGAUGAUGGUCGAGCCCGAGUAGUUGAACUGGGUGGAGAAGAUCUCCUCGGUGUGGCCAUCGAGGACCUGCAAGCACUUGCCCGAAGCGGCGUCCCAGACGCGUGCAGUGGCGUCAGCCGAGGCCGAGAGCACGCGGUUGCCGGCCGGGUUGAAAGCGACCGUGGAGACCUCGUUGGAGUGGCCCUCGAGGACGGCGGUGCACUCGAGGGUGGCGGCGGCGUAGGUUCGGACGGUGGCGUCGGACGAGGCCGUGGCAAUGGCGGCGCCCGAGGGCGAGAAUCGCGCGUCGAGCACCUCGCCGGUGUGUCCACCCAGCGUGGCGAGGCAGUCGCGCGCACGCAUGUCCCAUACCCUCGCGGUCCCGUCGAUGGAGCCGGUGAGGACAGCGUCGGAUGCGUAGUUGAACGAGCAUGCCGAGAUCUCCUUGGCGUGGCCGGCAAAGGUGGUGACGAGCGAGCCGUCGCGGACGUCCCACACCUUGACCGUCCCAUCAAAUGAGCCUGUGAGAAUGAGUGAGCCCUCGGUGUUGAACGAGAGCGCAAAGACCUCGCCGGCGUGGUCGGCCAGCUCGAAGAGUGGCGUUCCGGUCUCGACGUCCCACACAAGCGCCGCUGCCUCCAUCGACCCAGUCGCCAGCAGAGUAGACGAUGGAUUGAACUUGACACACACGA